AUGAAGUAUUUUUAUACAAAUCAACAUAUUCAAUAUAAUCUUGAAUCAACUCAAAUUUCUCGUAAUCUUAAUUAUCCAUUAUGGCAUUUACAAGAUGUACUUUUACCAUUAUUUGAAAAAGAUUAUACAUAUGAUAGUUUACGUGAAACAAUACAAAGUGCUAAUCACAUUUGGUGUGCAUAUGAAAAUGGAAAAUGUAUUGGAUGUGCUUUAAUAACGGAUAUUGGAUCGUAUGGUGGACUUUAUGUUAUAUUAUUUGGUGUAAAAAAAUCAGCACAAGGUCGUGGUAUUGGUAAACGUUUAUUAGAAGAUAUUAUUCGAUGGUCUCGUAAACAUGGAUAUAAAUUUAUUUAUUUACAUACGGAAUAUACGAAUAAAAAAGCUAUUGGAAUGUAUGAAAGAGCUGGUUUUCGACAAGAAUUUUAUCAAUCAAAUUUCAGCGAUCAAUUACCGCGAUUUGGAUCAAAUAUUGCUUCAAUGAUAUUAUUUUUGAUGUAG